AUGGUGGCUGCUCGCAGGAAGUUGGUGUUGCGGACGAAGUGGCUCAGCAGAGUCGAGCGGGACUAUUUCUACUCAUAUUGUGCGGACGAUUGUCAUCUUGGCGUCAUGACUAACGGUGAAAGCCUGGAAACCCCGUGCAUAACAUGGCGCCUUCUCCUCGCGACUUCUAUGCAACGAUCAAUGGACUGGAAUUGGGGCAUUGAAAACCAUAUGCCUGAAGCACUUUACGGUGGUGUAUAUGAAGGAUGUAGUGUUCUUUGUAUGAAGUUCGAGAUGGUGGAGGUGACUUGGUUCCCGGUGCCUCCUGAGUUCAACUCCACGACCGAGCAGAGACGCGCGCAAAGCAAGGAACACAGUAUCCAGCAGCAAUGA